AUGAGUGCAUUCCUUGUUGCAGCUGUCCUGCUAUGUCUCGUCAAUUAUGGAGUUGACUUGGCCACAGCGUGGGAAGAUAAAGAUUUCUUCAAAUACUGCCAACCGUCCAAGUGCAGCAAGCAUGGCCCGGAGAUCAGGUUUCCUUUUCGACUUGAAUCCAACAAUACAUCAUCAUCAUGCAGUACACCAUGCAUGGCAUUAGCAUGCUCUGGCCAGGACACCAUCCUGGUUCACCCAGUCCUUGGCCCAUGCAAAGUGACCACCAUAGAUUACAGGUAUCCUGGCAUCAAGAUCAUCCCGCUCGUAGACUCCUUGUCUCCCUGUCCGCUCCAGAAGCUCAUCUCCAGAAGCAUACCCUAUGCACAGCACCAGGGCCACUGUGACGUAUAUUAUCAGUACUAUGCAACCUUAGUAUGCUGCUCGAAAGAGUUCACGCGAAGCAUUCAUGAUGCCGAUAGCGUUGCUGGCCCAGUUUCCUGCCUUAGCAACGUAACCCACUUCUCGUAUUUGGUGGAUUCUUUUGCAUCCAUUUCCAUUCUUUCAUCAGACUGCAAGGUGUGCUUAGAUGGUGUCAUCCCGCUACCCAUCAACUACGACAUAGUCCCAUUUUCUUUCAAGAGAAGUGCAGAAGGAAUCCUCAGUUUUUCUGAGAUGGCGAUGGAAUGGGAAAAUUCGAUGUAUGAAAUAGGCAAUAGUUCCAAGGCAGGCAUCAAUUGCCCAGAAUGUGAACGUCAAGGGAAACACUGUGCAUUCAGCUCACAAAGGAAUCAAACAUUCUGCAUGCGUCAUGGUUCGCGUAUCAGAGUCACCGCUGCUACAUCAUCGGUGGCCGCAUUCGUUGUUCUUUUGUUGACGGUGGCCACUGCGCUUUACCUUUCACUUAAGACAAGAUAUAACGAAGAGAUACAUUUGAAGGUUGAAAUGUUUCUCAGGACAUAUGGCACAUCAAAACCCACGAGGUACACUUUCUCUGAAGUUAAAAAGAUGGCAAGACGGUUUAAGGAGAAAAUAGGACAAGGGGGAUUUGGAAGUGUAUACAAAGGCAAAUUACCAAAUGGAGUUCCCAUGGCUGUCAAGAUGCUAGAAAACUCUACAGCAGAGGGAGGAGAAUUCAUUAAUGAAGUUGCAACCAUUGGGAGAAUCCACCAUGCAAACAUUGUCCAGCUCCUGGGCUUUUGCUCAGAAGGAACAAGGCGGGCACUUAUUUAUGAAUUCAUGCCUAACGAAUCAUUGGAGAGAUAUAUAUUCUCCGCUGAUUCUAAGGCUUAUCAUCAACUCCUAGUUCCUGACAAAAUGCUAGAUGUUGCUCUAGGCAUUGCCCGGGGAAUGGAAUACCUACAUCAAGGAUGCAACCAGCGCAUUCUCCAUUUUGACAUCAAGCCUCACAACAUCUUGUUGGACUACAACUUCAAUCCAAAGAUCUCAGACUUUGGCCUCGCAAAGUUGUGUGCAAGGGACCAGAGCAUUGUCACGUUAACCGCAGCAAGAGGAACAAUGGGUUAUAUUGCACCAGAGUUAUAUUCGCGGAACUUUGGGGGGAUAUCCUACAAAUCAGAUGUGUACAGUUUUGGCAUGCUGGUGUUAGAAAUGGUUAGUGGAAGGAGGAACUGUGACCCAAGUGUGGGUAGCCAGAACGAUGUCUACCUCCCAGAGUGGAUCUACGAGAAAAUAAUCACUGGGCAAGACUUGGUCCUUAUUUCAGACAUGGCAGAGGAGGAGAAAGAAAAGGUAAGACAGCUGGCCAUUGUGGCAUUAUGGUGCAUCCAGUGGAAUCCAAAACAUCGGCCCUCGAUGACAAAGGUGGUCAACAUGUUAACGGGAAGAUUGCAGAACCUGCAGAUUCCCCCUAAGCCGUUUGUCUCAUCUGAAAAUCAACGAAUGGUGUAAAGCAUGG